AUGGAACCCAACCACAGUGCACCAAUCUCCCAACCUACUGCCGAACAGCACUCCGUGGCCCCCCAAGGCCGCCCAGUGCUAACCGGCGUCAAAUUGUCAGGUACUAGGCCUCGUCGCCCGGUCGCUCGGACCGUCGGGUCGAGCAGAGGGGGGAUCGGCGCGAGCAAUCCAAGAGGACCUGUCGGCCACUGCUUUGCUCCAGCGCACGCUUCGGUGCCGAUUCACCCGCCGCUCGAAACGCCCAGCCCGACCAUGUCGAGAGCGGGCGCGAGGCACCCGGAUGCUGACGAGCACCGGCCGAGCUCCUCCACGGCGCCGCAGCACGACGACGGCGAGGUGCAGCAGCUGUACGCGACGCUCAACGAGUACCUCCAGCUCGAGCACAAGUUCCAGCCGCGCCUGUGUCUCCCGGACGACUCAGAGAGCGGGGAGGUGACGAUCGGCGCGAGAGAUGGCGCUGCACACGUGCUCCGCUGUCUCAAGGUGUGGUUCGAUCUACCGCCGGAUGUGCUCAUCAGCGCUAUCAACCUGUUCGACAGAUUUCUAACAAAAAUGAAGGUGCGUCCAUGUCACGUGCCCUGCAUCACCGUCUCGUGUAUGAACGUGGCGCUGGAUGAGUACGCCGAGAUCACCAACCAGCCCAGGAAGGUGUCCGUUGAAGAGCUGGUGUCGGUGUCGCAGUCGGCGUGCACGUGGCGCGACGUGGCGCGCAUGUCGCGCGUGCUGGCCGACAAGCUGGCGCUGAACAACGCGCGCGCCGUCACGCCCCUGCACUGGCUGCGCCUCUUCCGCACGCUCGCGCCCGCGCAGCCGCCGGAAAACGAGCUGGUGAACCUCCUGGAGAUAGCGAUCUGCGACGCGGGCUGCGCCAACGCUCGGACCAGCGAAUUGGCGCUAGUACUUGUAUAUCAUCAACUUGAAAAACAAUUGACAGAGUGGGCGAGGCACAACGCGGUGUCUGAUGAGUUGUACUACUUGUACGAGUUUGCUUCCCAGCUGCAAGCCUACUGCAAUAUGUCGGACGCCACGCUGGUGGCGACGCGCGACCGCUUCCGGUCCGUGCUGCAGCGCUACGAGGCGCGCAGUGCAGCGCCGCACCGGCAGCGCCUCGUCUGGAGGCUGUCCGAGCGGACCCUCAAGGUGCUACGUCCAACGGAUCGUCUAACAUCACUUUUGCCCACCAUCGAAGAGCAGCACUACACUGUUGACGCCACAACGCCCACCAGAACCAGAUCGGGCAGCGAAAGUAGCGAAAACGAGGAGACGUCAGAUUGGCCGCGAAGUCCCGUCCUACCCGUGUACUGUAGCAACUGA